AAGAGGAGAAACAGCUGCCUCUUCUCUCCCACUGCUCCAUCACUUUGAAAAUAUCAGAGCAACAACCAAAUGAAAAGAGGACAGACAGGAUUUACUUUCAUACUUGCAUAAAACAACCCCUACUCUUCCCCAUUCUCCUUUUCAAGGAGGGCAUUUUUCUUCCCUUUCCCCCCCUUUCCUUUUCUACCCCGAUUUUUUCCUCUGAGGUCCCGGUUUUGUUUUGUCACCAACAAGCCCCUGAACUUCUCUGGGAUUUCAGGUGAGGUGCGCGUGUGCAGUGUGUGGUGCUUUUCCCAUCUUUUUUUACUACCUAUCAUGGCUCACGCGGCCUCCCAGCUGAAGAAGAAUCGGGGGGAAGUGGAUGUGAAUGCAAUAGAGGAUGAGAAGGAGAAGCGGAGGAAGAGCAGGAGAGCGUCGUCCCGGGAACAAAAGAGAAAGUCUGACAGUAAUGCUAGUUACCUGCGAGCUGCCAGGGCGGGGAACCUGGAAAAGGUCCUUGACUACCUGAAGUCUGGGGUUGAGAUUAACAUUUGCAAUCAGAAUGGCCUAAACUCUCUUCAUCUGGCCUCCAAAGAGGGACAUGUAGAGGUUGUUGCUGAGCUGCUGAAGCUUGGAGCUACUGUGGAUGCAGCCACAAAGAAAGGAAACACUGCUCUACACAUAGCCUCACUGGCUGGCCAGGCGGAAGUCGUCAAAGAGCUGGUUACUAAUGGAGCUAAUGUCAACGCACAAUCGCAGAAUGGAUUCACUCCUCUGUACAUGGCAGCUCAGGAGAAUCACCUGGACGUGGUGCGGUUCCUUCUGGAGAACAGCGCCAGCCAAAGUAUCGCCACCGAGGACGGCUUCACCCCUCUAGCGGUGGCCCUCCAGCAGGGCCAUGACCAGGUGGUCUCCCUGCUACUGGAGAACGAUACAAAGGGCAAGGUGCGUCUCCCUGCCCUCCACAUCGCUGCCCGCAAGGACGACACCAAGGCCGCGGCCCUGCUCCUGCAGAACGACCACAAUGCCGAUGUCGAGUCCAAGAGCGGCUUCACGCCCCUGCACAUUGCAGCUCACUAUGGCAACAUUAACGUGGCCACAUUGCUGUUAAACCGAGGGGCUGCUGUGGACUUCAUGGCCAGGAAUGACAUCACUCCACUUCAUGUGGCAUCGAAAAGGGGCAACAGCAACAUGGUGAAGUUAUUACUAGACAGAGGGGCCAAAAUAGAUGCAAAGACCAAGGAUGGUUUAACACCUCUUCACUGUGGAGCGAGGAGCGGCCAUGAACAGGUGGUAGAAAUCCUGUUGGACAGAGGAGCUCCUAUCCUGUCCAAGACCAAGAACGGUCUGUCGCCGCUGCACAUGGCCACGCAGGGGGACCACCUGAACUGCGUCCAGCUCCUGCUGCAGCACGACGUGCCCGUGGACGAUGUCACCAACGACUACCUGACGGCGCUGCAUGUUGCUGCACACUGCGGGCACUACAAGGUGGCCAAGCUCAUUGUGGACAAGAAGGCCAACCCGAAUGCAAAGGCUCUGAACGGUUUUACUCCACUCCACAUCGCUUGCAAGAAGAACAGAGUGAAAGUGAUGGAGCUUUUGCUGAAGCACGGGGCGUCUAUCCAGGCUGUUACAGAGUCUGGCCUAACGCCAGUUCAUGUGGCAGCCUUCAUGGGGCAUGAGAACAUUGUUCAUGCUCUGACACGCCAUGGAGCAUCACCCAACACCACCAACAUUCGAGGGGAGACAGCUCUCCACAUGGCGGCAAGGGCAGGCCAGGCAGAUGUAGUUCGAUAUCUGCUGAAGAACGGAGCCAAGGUGGAGACCAAGUCCAAGGAUGACCAGACAGCAUUGCACAUCUCGAGUCGGUUGGGGAAGGUUGACAUCGUCCAGCAGCUCCUGCAUUGUGGUGCCUCGGCCAACUCUGCCACCACUUCAGGUUACACCCCGCUUCACCUGGCCACCCGCGAAGGACACCAAGAUGUUGCCUCCAUGCUGCUGGAGAACGGUGCCUCACUUUCUUCCUCCACAAAGAAAGGGUUCACUCCGCUGCACGUAGCAGCAAAGUAUGGCAAGAUGGAGGUUGCCAGUUUGCUCCUUCAGAAGAGAGCCCCGCCUGAUGCUGCUGGAAAGAGUGGGCUAACUCCGCUGCAUGUAGCUGCUCACUACGAUAAUCAGAGAGUGGCGCUGUUGCUGCUGGAUCAGGGAUCCUCCCCACACGCUGCUGCCAAGAAUGGCUACACGCCGCUCCACAUUGCUGCCAAAAAGAACCAAAUGGACAUCGGGACCACACUGCUGGAGUACGGCGCCGACACCAACGCGGUGACGCGACAGGGCAUCAGUCCAAUUCACCUGGCAGCGCAGGAGGGCAGCGUGGACCUGGUGUCUCUACUGCUGGCCAAGAAUGCUAACGUCAAUGUGUGCAAUAAGAGUGGACUCAUGCCCCUGCACUUAGCAGCUCAGGAAGAUAGGGUCAAUGUUGCAGAAGUCCUUCUAAACCACGGGGCUGAUGUUAACCCACAAACAAAGAUGGGUUACACUCCCCUACAUGUGGCUUGUCACUACGGCAACCCAAAGAUGGCAAACUUUCUUCUGCAGAACCAUGCCAAAGUCAAUGCCAAAACAAAGAAUGGCUACACUCCACUCCACCAAGCAGCUCAGCAGGGCCACACCCACAUCAUCAACCUGCUGCUCCAGCACGGGGCCUCGGCCAACGAGCUCACCGUGAAUGGGAAUACUGCCCUUUCCGUCGCCCGCCGUCUGGGGUACAUCUCUGUAGUGGACACUCUGAGGCCCAUGACUGAUGAAAACCUCUCAGCCAUGAGUGCUUCAGAAAAACACAAAAUUAAUAUCCCGGAGACCAUAAAUGAGUUCCUCGACAUGUCAGACGAUGAAGCUUGGGCUAAUGUGCCAGAAAUACUCAGAGAAGAGUCUAUUUCUGAUGUUGACGAAGUGCUGAGGGCAGGAGGGGGAGGGGCUGCGGUGAAGGAGCACAGUGUUGCAGGCAGGACAGAGACGGACAUGAGGGAGAAGGGGAAGCACUACAGCCGCUCCGGCGGCUUCGUCGAUCGGCGUGUCAUCGUCCACCGGUCCGCUGAUCUAGAGACUGAUGCUGGCUAUUCUGGUUUGGUUUCCUUUGCUGAGGUGCUGCAUCACCCCAUUUAUCUGCUUGUGAAGUUAACAGCAGGAUGUUGUGAUUUCAUCCCCCCUCCAGGUGAGGAUGCGAUGACCGGUGACACGGACAAAUACCUGCGGCCUCAGGACCUCAAAGAGCUGGGGGAUGACUCCCUCCCCCAGGAGGGCUACAUGGGCUUCAGCAUAGGGGCCCGCUCAGCCAGCCUCCGCUCAUUCAGUUCGGAUAGGUCCAACACACUCAACCGGAGCUCCUUUGCCAGAGACAGUAUGAUGAUUGAGGAGAUUCUGGCCCCCACAAAAGACACGCACCUCGCUGUGACCGAGGACUACAGUUCGGACUGUAUGCGACGCUACAGCUGGACCCCAGACACCAUGGACCACAGUCACAACACGGUGUCAAGCCCAAUUCACUCUGGGUUCUUGGUCAGUUUCAUGGUGGAUGCCCGUGGCGGUUCCAUGAGAGGAAGCCGCCACAAUGGGAUGCGCAUCAUCAUUCCUCCCAGAAAGUGCACAGCACCUACACGCAUCACCUGUCGCUUGGCUAAAAAGCACAAACUGGCCUUCCCUCCGCCUAUGGUGGAGGGAGAGGGUCUGGUCAGUCGGUUGGUGGAGGUCGGACCUGCUGGCGCCCAGUUCCUUGGUCCUGUGAUUGUGGAGAUUCCUCAUUUUGGUUCAAUGCGAGGGAAAGAAAGGGAGCUGAUUGUGUUGAGGAGUGAUAACGGUGACACUUGGAAGGAGCACCAGUUUGACACCAGGCCAGAAGAUCUCACUGAACUGCUUGCUGGAAUGGAUGAAGAGAUGGACAGUCUUGAGGAGUUGGAGAAGAAGCGCAUCUGCCGCAUCAUUACCAGGGAUUUUCCCCAGUAUUUUGCUGUGGUGUCCAGGAUCAAGCAGGAGUCCAAUCACAUGGGUCCUGAUGGAGGCAUCCUGUCCUGCAGCACUGUGAACAUGGUCCGGGCCUCGUUCCCGCAGGGGGCUUUAACCAAGAGGAUCCGUGUUGGCCUGCAGGCUCAGCCGGUGCCAGAUGAGUUAGUUAGGGCGGUCCUCGGAAACAGAGCCACCUUCAGCCCCAUCGUCACCGUCGAGCCCAGAAGGAGAAAGUUUCACAAGCCAAUUACCAUGACGAUCCCGGUCCCUCCUAGAUCAGCAGAAGGCCAUCCCAGCGGCCAGCGAGGCGAAUCUGCGCCAUGCCUGCGUUUGCUCUGCAGCAUCACAGGAGGGACGUCUCCUGCACAGUGGGAGGACAUAACAGGAACCACGCCGUUGUCCUUUGUAACCGAUUGUGUCUCCUUUACCACAAAUGUAUCGGCCAGGUUCUGGCUCGCAGACUGUCACCAGAUUCCUGAGACGGUAAGUUUAGCGUCUCAGUUAUACCGGGAGCUGAUCUGCGUGCCGUACCUGGCCAAGUUUGUGGUGUUUGCUAAGAUGAAUGACACUGUGGAGGCCCGGCUGCGCUGCUUCUGCAUGACGGACGACAAGGUGGACAAGACUCUAGAGCAGCAGGAGAACUUUGAAGAAGUGGCACGCAGCAAAGACAUUGAGGUUCUGGAGGGAAAGCCCAUCUAUGUGGAUUGUUAUGGCAACCUUUCACCUCUCACCAAAAGCAGCCAGCAGUUGAUUUUUAACUUCUACUCUUUCAAGGAAAACAGACUUCCUUUCAAUGUGAAGGUUAGAGAUGUAGGCCAGGAGCCAUGUGGCCGCCUCUCCUUCCUAAGAGAGCCCAAAACCACUAAAGGCCUUCCGCAGACUUCCAUAUGCAAUUUGAAUAUCACACUGCCAACCCACAAGAAGGAUAUGGAGUCUGACCCUGAUGAUGAGACUGAAAAACCAGAACGACGUCAUACCUUUGCCUCCUUAGCUUUACGUAAGCGCUACAGCUAUUUGACUGACCCAGCAGCGAAAACAACUGAUCGAAGCCCGCCGAGAACACAGCCUUCUGGCUACCCUCACAAACCUGUCUUUUCAACAAGAUCUUAUCAGGCGUGGUCGCCUGUUCCUGUCACCGUCCCUGGCCAAACCAAAUCUGGGUUUGGCUCCCUCUCCAGCUCGUCAUCAAACACACCUUCUGCCUCUCCCUUAAAGUCUGUCUGGUCCAUCAAUUCUGCCUCCCCCAUUAAGACCAACAUGCCUGGAUCACCUGUCUCCUCUGUAAAGUCAGUUAGUGACACAGCCUCUCCCAUCCGAUCUUACAGAUCUAUUUCGUCUCCUAUAAAAACUGUAAUCCACCAAUCCCAGUACCCUGUCCAGGUCACCCCCAGCCCCCUGGCCUCACCCGGUAAAAGUGCUUCAGACCCUUUGUCUAUGAAAGGAUUAGCAGCAUUGUCCUCUAGGACCCCCAUAGCACCGUCUGGAGGAGGAAGUCCUUAUCUUGAGAGAACGUCUAUGGGCCUCACCCCACCAACCUCUCCCAAAUCAUCUCUCAGCAUGUUCGGUUCUCCCCUACCAUAUAAAACUAUAUUGGGAAGUUCAACCAGUACAACACCAUCCUCCUCACCCAUAAAAACGGUCCCUGGUCUUGCAUCAAUGCGUUCCCUUGCAAUGGAUUCGACUGCUCCUGUAAGAAACCUAUUUUCCUCUUUUUCAUCACCUGUUAAAUCCUGCAACUCUCCAAGUGCUGCUGCUCUGAUUAAUGGAGCUGUGUCACCUGCACAGUACCGCUCUUCAUCCCCAACAUCUCAUCUCGCCAGCAGUCUGCAAGAAAGAAUACAAGCGACCACCAAUGCCGCAACUACAAGUGUUAAUGCAGCAUUUGAUGAGGUUGAAAAGACAUUCAAUUCUUGCUCUGCAGGUUACGGCACCCUCAAGUCUUUGUCUUCGUCUGCCUCCUCGUCAUAUCAGUCCAUUAGGUCAUCAGCUUCUGGUUCCCUCUACACCUCCCUAAGAACCCCUCCCAGUGUAACCACUGCUGUAACUUCAAGUACGACGACUGUUCCGGUGUACUCUGUGAUAAAUGUGGUGCCAGAGUCCCAGUUGAAAAGGAGAUCUCAGGUACCCCCCUCAGUUGCUGUUCUUCUGUCGCCAAGAAAAAGUAUUCCUUCUGAAAUAAAUUCUCAGUCCUCUUUUGUCAAAACUCUGUCCCCUGUCAAAGCACCUCUUUAUUCUCCCGGCAUCAAAUCCAGCAUAGCAUCACCAUUAUCAUCAAGCCAAGAAAUUCUUAAGGAUGUAGCCGAAAUGAAAGAAGACUUGAUAAGAAUGUCAGCCAUUUUGCAGACAGACCCAAAUGCUACUGCCAGCAAAGGGUUUCAGUCCGAUUCUCCGAAAGAGGCUAAGAUGGAGGAUGAGGAGCCAUAUCGGAUUGUGGAGAAAGUAAAACAGGACUUGGUAAAGGUAAGCGAAAUCCUGACUAAAGAUUCCAGAAAGGAUGGUAGGAUUUCUCCUGCCAGAGGUUCAUUGGAUGAUAUACACUUCUCAAAGGUGCAAGUUGAACAGCCACCAAGCAACUGGAGCUAUCCACCAAGAUAUGAGACGGUAGUUUCCCAAGCAAGAUCAAAAUGCAUACCUGACAGGGAUUUUAAUCUGUCCAAAGUGGUUGACUACCUAGCCAAUGAUGUAGGCUCCAGCUCUUUCUCCAAAAUGCACGACACAAAACAGAAAGCAGAUGAAGGAAAAAGAGAAGGAGAGGGUAGAGAGAAGCAGAAAAGAGUCCUAAAACCAACUAUAGCAGUUCAGGAGCAUAAGCUCAAAAUGCCUCCAACAACCAUGCGUUCUUCACCUUCAGAAAAAGAAAUUAGUAAAGUGACUGAUGCACUUUUUGGUGGAGACACUGUGCUUGAAUCCCCUGAUGAUAUCUCACAUGAGCAGGAUAAAAGUCCUCUCUCAGACAGCGGGUUUGAGACCAGGAGUGAGAGAACGCCAUCAGCUCCUCAAAGUGCAGAAGGCACAGGUCCCAAGGCCCCUUUUCAAGAUAUCCCAGUACCACCAGUUAUCACUGAGACUAGAACGGAAGUUGUACAUGUCAUCAGGAGCUAUGAGCCGGAGGAUGACAAACAGCUUGCAAUGGAAGAUGCAGAUUCAGUUAGAAAUAUUGAAUCAGAUUUUAAAGGACAUCAGACUCCAACUCUAUCAACUCCAGACCAGAAUAAAUGCUUUUCAGUAAAGGGUAGCCCUGAUGAAGACCCAAUGGGAAAGGGGAUGAGGGUAAAGGAGGAAACUCACAUCACUACUACCACCAGGAUGGUAUACCACAAAACACCUGGAAAAGAAACCGCAUCAGAAAGAUGUGAGGAAACCAUGUCGGUGCAUGAUAUCAUGAAAGCUUUUCAGUCAGGGAAGGACCCCUCUAGAGAGCUGGCUGGACUGUUUGAACACAAGUCUAGCAAUGAAGAGGUUUCACAAAGAUUCCUUGAGGACAUCAACUCUAAACCGAAGGUUGAAAGAAUUAUUGAGGUUCACAUUGAAAAUGGCAGUAAAACAGAACCAACAGAAGUAAUAAUUAGAGAAACAAAGAACCAUUCAGAGAAGGACAUGUAUUACUACCCAGGGAGACGAGAGGAUGAGGAGCCUGAGGAGUCACUUCCAGUGUAUAUUGAGUCCCCUAGAGUGAAUACACCUUUGUCACAGGAAGAAGACAGUCGUCCUAGUUCUGCGCAGCUAGUGGCAGAUGACUCCUAUAAAACAUUUAAGCUACUUAGCCAACAAUCUGUAGAAUAUCAUGAGGAUGAAUCAUCAGAGCUUAGAGGAGAAUCAUACAACUUUGCUGAAAAAAUGCUAUUAUCUGAGAAAUUUGACCAAUCUCAUUCAGACACUGAGGAGUAUCUGAGAGAUAGAUCUCGGUACCAUUCACCUGACAGAAGCACUCCUAGUAAGGGUAGGUCAGCUGGGCCAAGAACGGAGUAUGUUUUUAGGUCAUCAAGAAAUGUAUUUGACAAAGCAGGACAAAUGGCUAAUGUUGAUCAUAACUUUGACAAACUGACACUUUUACAGUAUUCCUCAGAGCCUGGUAGCCCAAAACAGUCUGUUUGGAUGCGCGUACCAGAUGACACACAGAUUAAAGAGAGAGAACAAGUUGUAUAUGAGGACAGAGUGGAUAGAACUGUUAAAGAGGCAGAGGAGAAACUUAGCGAGGUCUCUCAGUUUUUUCGGGAUAAAACAGAACAACUUAAUGAUGAGCUAUCAUCUCCAGAGAAGAAAUCCCGUAGACCAGACUUCAGGGAAUCUCGAUCUGGGCCCAGUUCAACCCAAAGUAGCCCAGAGAGGUCACCCUAUAGGAGUGGGGGUAGUGGGGAAGAGUGGAACAGAGAAAGGUUAAGAGACAGAUUUGGCCCCAGUGACAGGAAAUGUGCUAGUUUACCCAGCAGUCCUGAAAGACGAGUGUUGCUCCAGUUAAGUGAUGCUGACCCAAGAAAGCAAGGAGAUGGAAAAGUACAGGGAAGUGCUGCUGAUAACCCUAAAUCUUUUCAAAUGUCUUCCUCUAAAGUUAGUGCAGUCAGGUUAAAGUUUGAACAAGAGGCUCAAAGGCAAGACAGGGGAAGUUCAGCGAGUCAGAAUCAAACCCCUCCUAUCAGGAAGCUCCAGGAAACAAGACUACCAGUUUAUCAGAUGUUUUCUGGGUCUAGUACCCAAAAAGCACCUGACAGUCCAGCAAACCAAACAAAAUACAAAGAGACUGAGUCAAAUAAGUUGUCACCCAAGCAUGAGAACAGUGGAAAAGAUCAGGAAGAGAAUAAGUCAUUCAAAGCUUCGGAGAACCAAGGGUAUGGGCAGUGUAAACCUCAAUCUCCCAAACUAUCUAAUUAUUUAGCUCAUGAUUCCACAAAAGAUUGCAUUGGUGAUUCUCAAAGACAAGAAACAACUAAGAAAAUAAUUUACAAAGAAUUUGUUGUCAGAGAAAGUCCAAGUACCAAUGAUGGUCUAAAAAAAAACUCGGAAUCGCAAAUUCCUGUAAGAAAAUCGUCUAAUUUUUCAGAAAACCACAAAUCCACCUCUUUAAAAUUAGAUGAACCAAAUGAAAGGCCUGGGCAUCAUACAUAUUCUACUUUAGGUAGAAAUCGGUUACACAGUAGCUCUGAAUCAAAUAAGUCUACUUGUGGAUCAUCCUUAGGAAAGUCCACAGUCUCCUCAGAGAGUAGCCAGUCAAAUGUAGUGUGCAAUGGAGUUGAUGAUGACCAAGUAGAGUAUUUGGAUCAAGCAACUCCUGUAGUUGUGACUGAGGGUUUCAAAGAUAUUAAACCCUUACCAGUGUAUGUCAGCAUCCAAGUUGGAAAGCAGUAUGAGAAAGAAACAACCUCAGGAGAGCUGGGGACAUACAAAAAGAUUGUGAGUCAUGAGAGUAGAACAAUGCAUGAAACAAGAGGUGCAAUUUACAGUGUCAAACAAAAACAGUCUCCUUCUCCUCAAGGAAAUCCAGAAGAUGACACUCUAGAACAGGUAACUUUUAUGGAUAGCUCUGGGAAAAGCCCUGUAACCCCUGAGACCCCAAGCUCAGAAGAACUGAGCCUGACAUCCCGAACACCAGACUCUGUGAUAGGUUUCAUGACUGGCAUGCCAAGCCCUAUUCCAGAAGAAUCUGAGGAGGAAGACGGAAAGACCUUCAUCUAUAAAGAGGCCUUAAAAGAAAAACCCAAGCCAGGCUCUCCAGAGAAUCACAGUAAAAAGCACGAUGGAGAAAGAGGGAAGUCAAAGGACAAAAGAGUUGCUUAUAUAGAGUUUCCACCCCCUCCUCCAUUAGAGGCAGAGCAGUCCAGUGUCAAAAAAAGGUCUGCAUGUACUCCCUCUGAGGCAGAGACAGAGAUGAUGGAGGUAAACCUGCAAGAGGAGCAUGAUAGACACCUUUUAGCGGAGCCUAUCAUUCGAGUCCUUCCUCCAUCCCCUGUCCCUCCAGGAGCUGAUAACAGUGACUCUAGUGAUGAUGAGUCUGUCUUCCAUCCCGUUCCUGUCAAAAAGUACACAUUUAAAAUGAAAGAGGAAGAUGAAAAAUGUCAGAAGGACAAAAAGUCAGAGAAAAAUGGAAUUACUAAGGAAUCUGGGGUUAAUGAUGGUGGAAAAGGAGAGGAGGCUGAAUUGGAACAGAAUGGAAACGAUCAGUCAAUCACUGACUGCUCAAUAGCAACAACCGCUGAGUUCUCCCAUGACACAGAUGCAACUGAGAUUGACUCGUUAGAUGGAUAUGACCUUCAGGAUGAAGAUGAUGGACUAAGUGAAGACCCUAAAACAUCUAGUUUGUCCAAUGAUGGGAAAACUGCUGACCGUUCAUUUAAUCAGUCCAAGCUUGAAGUGAUAGAAGAGGAGAAAUGCGAGGAAGGAGGCAACAGUGGAAAGAGUAAAAGUAGCACAUCUGCAGCAAAAGCCAGUGGAGAAAAAAAGGACUAUACACUUGAAGGAAGACACCCAGAGAGGAAGAGUUUUGGGGAGAACUAUUUUGAAUACCAACUCCAAGACGAGCUGAAUUCAACCUUUAAAACUGUAGCUACCAAAGGUCUGGAUUUUGACCCUUGGUCAACAAAAGGGGUUGAUAAUGAAGGGCUUUUUGAGUCCAAAGCGAAAGAAGAGGACCCCAAACCUUACAGUUUGUCGGCUGAGGAAAAGUCACAGGCUACAACACCUGACACAACCCCUGCUCGAACACCAACUGAUGAGAGUACGCCGACUAGUGAGCCUAACCCCUUCCCUUUCCAUGAAGGGAAGAUGUUUGAGAUGACACGCAGUGGUGCUAUUGACAUGAGCAAGCGGGACUUUGUUGAAGAGAGGCUUCAGUUUUUCCAGAUUGGUGAGCAUUCCUCUGACCCUAUAGCAGGGGAAAAGGGGAGAGGGGGAAAGAUCCUGGGGGUACCUUCCACUCAGUCAAAAACUGGGGAGAGGUCCAUUGUAGAUGGAAAGGUGGCGGUUGUAGAUACUACCUUAGACAGCAGUACUAGACCUACAACACCAGCAACAACUGCAGCCAAAUACAGCCCUACACAGCCUGGCAGUGACAUAGGAUGUGCUGUUACUAAUAUUCCUGCCUGUGAAGCCAUAGCUGAGACUGCCUCUUCGUGCACAAUCACAGCCUCCAAGGUUGACUCCAAAUUACGAACUCCUAUUAAAAUGGGCAUAGCUGCCUCUAUAACUGUGAAAAAAGACUCAGGGGAACUCACAGACUGUAAAGCUGAGUUGUCAGAGGGUCAGGUGGUGCCAGAAUACAUUAGUAUAGAGGGUCAGUGUUCAGAGAAACAGCCUAGCUGCCAUGCUGAGUCUAGGAAAGAUAAAAGAGAAUACCCAUCUGAAAACUGCAACAACAACAAUAACCUGGAAUCCUCCAGUGUUCAGGCCAACUAUAUUCAAUGUGGCAGUUUAGUUUUUAAUUUGCAGUCCUCCUCUGAGCCCACUCUACAGAAAGCUAGCAGGAUAGAAACUCUGUGCUGUAAAGAUAAGAACGAGAGAGUGGAAGUGCCCUGCAGCAGUCAGGUUCAAGCGCAGACAACUGACAUAGUUAAGGAAAUUGAGGCAAAGCAGCCCAGGUCGAGGCUUCCAGUUAAAGCAUCAGGAUGGUCAUUUCAUACACAGGGAACUGCUACUGGGAAGCAGAAACCCAAACAAGCAGUAACAGGUGAGGUCAGGAAAAGAGGACAUCCAGUGAUUGCCAAAGUAGAGCCUAGAUCAAGGAUACCAGUCAAAGAUGUUAAAAAGAGUUGUCCUGCUGCCACAUCUAGCUUACCUGCCUCAGUUCGUAUUACCUCACAGCCUGUAAAAACACUGAAUACAGCAAGAGCAGCCAUACAACUGCCCACAAGGCAACCACAGAAGGAUAGGCAUCAGUCAAGCAGUGCCACCAGAGAGGGAGCAUCUAGACCGAACAGACAGGAUAACCCUAGUGAACUUUGUAAGCGCACCAUCGAAUACUUUACAGACAUUAGCGGGGAGACGCUAAAGUUGGUGGACCGCCUGUCAGACGAGGAGAAAAAGACUCAAACAGAACAGUCGGAGGAAGACAGCACCUCCCGAAGCACCUCUCUGUCGGACGCCUCCCAGCCUUCCCAGCCCUCCCGCUCAUCCAGGUCUGGUAGAGGUUCGAGGGCUGAGGCCGGGGCCGCGUCCGUAAGGGCAAAGGUGGCGACGGCGGACAGGGCUUCCGGCAGUGAGAGGAGCAGGAGGAGUAGGCGGACUGGUGGGAAGGAGGGCAGUCAGGGACUCACAGGGUCUCGAGCGCCUCCCAUCGCGGAGAUCAAGCCUAGUCCCCAAAGUCCUUGUGAACGAACAGACUUGCGCAUGGCCAUCGUUGCAGAUCACCUGGGGCUCAGCUGGACAGAGCUGGCUCGAGAGAUGAACUUCACAGUGGAUGAGAUCAACCACAUCAGACUUGAGAACCCUAACUCUCUGACGGCACAGAGCUUCAUGCUACUUAAGAAAUGGGUCAGUCGUGAAGGGAAAAAUGCCACAACGGAUGCCUUAACUGAAGUGCUGACUAAAGUCAAUCGGAUGGAUAUUGUGACUUUGCUGGAGGGCCCAAUAUUUGACUAUGGUAACAUUUCAGGCACGAGAUGUUUUGCCGAUGAUAACGCUGUUUUCCGGGAUCAGGCUGAUGAUUUUCAGAGCAUUCUAGCCGAGCUGCAAUCCCCUGCCGCUCUGCACUCCACCCCCUACUUCCUGGAGCCUGAACUCCCAGUCACCCCCAACCCUUCCCUUGCCCAGCAUCAGCAUCUCCAUUACCCCAAACCAGACACUUCUUUCCAGACUUGCAAUCAGUCAGAGGUCACUGCUUGGAGUCCAAAGGAUGAUCCUUGUAGCAAAGAACCAGACAGCCCCCCUAAGAGUCCCCCCAGGCCCUGUGAGCUUGCCCUGCCCGUCCCAACCUUUGAUCUUCCCGACCCUCUUUCUCCUAAGGUCAGAAAGCCCCACAUUGCUUUAAAUGACCAACUUCUUUUGAGUGAAGAGGAGGACAGAUCUUUUCAAGAAAUGGAGCCAACCUUCAAGCCCAGGUCACAGUCCUUCCCGACAAUGUGUGAAUUAGACGUUGACAUGGUGUUCUCUACGUCUUCUCCUUCGCUGUCAUCCAUGUCAUCGAUAACCCCAUCGUCUCCUGACAGAGCAUGUAUGGGUGUGCGGUUGGGCUACGCCCUAGAUGUGGCACAAAAGGAUGUAGGCCAGAAAGGAAGUCAAAUGGAAGUGGAAGAAGAAAUCGAGAAGGUUGUUGAGAUUGUUGCAGUACAGUUAGCAGAGAGGAAUGCAUUAGUGGAGACGUUGGUAGAACAGGAAUUGAUUAAAAAUGUGGAGAGAAAGUGUGAGAUGGUUGCAAAGGACAGGUCUCAGUUGGCAGAAGAGCAGAUAAUUCUCCUGGAACCAAAGUGGUCUGCAGAGCAGGAAAAAAAUAAUGUUAAUGCACAGCAUCAUGCUGUUCAAGGUGGGAGUAAAACAGCAGCAUCUGAGGAGGAGAAGGCUAGAGAUGAAGACAAUCUAUCAAUGGAGCACAUUAGUUUAACAGAAACUGGGCAUAAAGUAGUCAAAGAGGCUGUUGAUCGACCUUUGGAUGUGGGGGAAAGAAUACAAGUGGAGGAAAAAAUGGAAGAUGCUGAUUCAGAACUGCAAUCUAAAGAUGGACAAGACAUCUGUGACACAUUAGAAGGGGCACCAAAAGACCAGAUUGUGUCUGACCUUUUCCCUCAAGCCUGGGUUGAAGAUGUGCUUGAGCAAUUUCAGCUCUGUGAGUCUGGAUGCAAUGAUGACGAAGAGGAGCAGAGAGGCAGAGAAAUUCCAGAGGAGGCCUUAGGAUCUUUGUUGGAAGAGGUGAAUAAAGAAGGCUCAGAGGAGAAGGAGGAGGACAAAGAGGUCACUGAAUCCAGGGAUCAGGAGAGUCUUGAAGAGGUUGAACAUGCAGAAAAAAACAUAUGGUUACUUUCAGGAUGGCACAGUGAUUCAUCCAGCGUCAAUGUGGAGCCGCCAACGCCGGGCCGCAGCGUCAGCUCAGACCUGCUCAACAAACAGGAAAGCCAGGAAAACUCUAGUGAGUCCAUCACUUCCUCGUCUAGAGCUGAAUCAGGGAGGUCCCGACCGAAUGGCAAUAACUCAAAGCACUCACCUCAGGAUGCCUCAUCAGACUCAUCUACUGGCAGAACAGACGGGACACUGUUGUCAGAGAAAAAAAUUCAGCGGGUUAGUGUAGAUUCCGGUUCAGAGGAAGAGCAGACUGUAACCACCAGAAUCUUCAGGCGGCGUCUCAUUUUGAAGGGAGAAGAGGCAAAAAACAUCCCAGGCGAGUCUAUGACAGAAGAGCACUAUAUGGACCACGAUGGUAACCUCAUCAGUAGAAAAGUGACCAGGAGGGUAAUUCGACGAGUCUCAACCCCCACUCCAGAAAAUCAAGGAAGCGAAAGUUGGCACAGUGACCUUCACCACAGUCCCACUCAGCAGGAAUAUGGGUCAGAGCAGGGAGAUGGAGCAAGGAAAUGCAGACGAUCAGGGGAUAAAAAGCACCACUCGUAGAGAUGGUUGUGUUUUAGCAGAACCAUGAUGUUACCUGGGAACAAGUGCUUAAACCAUUUUAGGAGUUCCAUCCAUUGUGAGGAAUUAAAAUGAAGGUCCAGUCUGCAAAUCUCUGCUUCAAACAAAUGAUUUUUUUUUUUCCGUAAGAGAAGUCGGACUUUCUCAGAUUUACGCAUGAGCAUGAAAAACUCACUUUCGAUCAGGAUAAAGACCAGGAGGUUCCUUUCCUUUUUGGACUGCGGUGGAGCAGUUAACAGUGAUUCUGCUUCCUGUUUUGUGUGAAACAGUCUAUGCUUUGGGGUCCACUGGUGGUGUGAGAACUUUCCUGAGGAGCAUAAUUUACUGUGGAAAUAAAAUAAAAAAAGACUGCACAGGCACAACUGUGACCAAAGAUGGCACAAAAGCUCAAGGAAAGGAUAAAGCAGACAUGGUACCACAAAAAUAAUCAAACAGAACUCUUUUGACCCGACUACAACACUCGCCUUAUAGUUUUUUCUUGAUUCAUUACUGUCAGGAUGUAAACUGUUUGAGGUUUUUGCUCCUUUUUAAAACUGAAACUAACACAAAAAAGCUUUUUUCUCUAUAGAAAAUGACGUGUAUAAUUCUGAAAUAAAGUGAGUUGGUAAUAAAGGUGCACUGGGGAGAAGGAUCUUUUCAAGUGCUUUCAUAAUCUACAGAAGAAGUUCAACUUUCAAAGAUCUGACUGUAACUUCACAAGUUCUUGUAUAUUUAACUAUUAGAGCAGGUUUAAUGUUUGUACACACAAAAGGCUGGUUUGAUUUUAAUAUGGAGAACAGAGGAUUUCCAGAAACAUUUUGUUCCCAGCUUGGGAACCGAUCUAAUCCUGCAAAAAAGGCAGCCUUUCAGAGUUACUCAUAUUUUCAUGCAUGCUGUUCACCUUAUUUUAGGUACAAUUUUUACAAGUUUGCAAACAAUGAAGUGACAAAACCCUUUAUCUCUGUACACAUAAAGCCCUAAAACUUGUCACCAGUUUUAUAUUUUGGACUGGCAAAGAAUGCCACUGACAUGUUUUUAAUGCUUGGGGUUAGAAUGAAAAACAUAUAGCUUGUUGAGGAUGUCUUGUCUGUCUGUGUUAAAAACCGAGAGGGCCGGCUUCUGCUACGAGGACGAGGUGACCUGAAUGUAAAUGCUAGUAGGCUGGGCUGCUGUAAAAUUCAACUCGUACUGUGUUUUGCCGGUAAGAUGUUGGAGUCCCUGUACACUGUUAGACUGUUUGUAAUCAUUUAAGCUGAGUGUCAAUUUGGUUUUCUAACAGCUGGUGUGGUGUUAAAGACGCAUCUGGACAUUUUUUUUUUUUGGGAGGGGAGUAUUUAAUCAUGGGUGGGGGGUGAAAUAUUUCCUUGAUUUAAAACACAUUAAGGACACAGAGGAUAUGUUUGAUUGUAGCUCUACAUAGCAUAAUGUAUGACAAAACACUGGAUGGAUCAAAAACAAUAAUUUAAGCAUAAAAUAAAUUGUGUUUAACUCUGAAACUGUGUGAUCUCUUCAGACUUGAGAGACUGUAUAUGCAGUGUGAAAUAGAAAUGUUUUCACUAGCUUACCGAGAGGAUUUUAUUUUAUAUUAGGAGCCAUCUUUAUAUUGGUUUUCAUUAGAUGCCCGUGUUAUUCUAAAGUGUGGUGUUCUUCUGACGCGAAGCCUCAGUAUGCUGAUAUCUAUGCUGUGGACAUUAAAAAACGAUGUAACCUGUUUUUGUUUGGGUGGGGGUGUUCAAAGGAAGUCAGGUUGGUGCAAAGUUACAUCCCCUUCUAUGCUAUGUCAAUUAGGGGGUACAGAAGACCCUUUGAUAUGGUUGGAAAAAUAAAAUUUUUUGUCAGUUUUGUUUGAUAAGUGUUUUCACCUGAGCAGAUUUUUUGAUGUACAAUUCUUACUAACAGAGUGAAGCCAUUGAAAAUGUAAUUAUUCUAGAACUUUGGUUAUUCAAAGUCUUUUAGAGCCUAUAGCAGCAAAUUAUGCCACCCCAAAUGUGUCAGAUAUCUUUAAAAAAAAAUUUCAACCUAAAAAUGAAAAAAUAAAUAAAUAAAAAUAAAUAAAAGUGCAACGAUUUCGCAGUA